CCAUGUCUCUUUCCAUACUUGGCAUAAACAAUGGAAAGAGGACGCGAGAGGGCCAGUCCCACCGUUCAGCGCGAUGCGCGGUUCCUACUCUCAUCUCUCUCUAGGGUUUCUUGAUCGGUAUCCCUCGAAUCAUCGUCGACUUGCGUAAUCGGCAGGUGGAUUUCCGUUGCGGUCAUUCGAUCCCUACUCAGCUCCGAUCUCGAGGUGUUUCACCGGUGGUAGCUUGACGAUUGUUUCCCCACUUCAUUUUCUAUGAUCGGAGUCUUGUUGGUUAGGAUCCGCCUUUGGUUUGGCCCUAAGUUGCUAAGUUUUCGCCGAUAAUGACGAUGGGGUCGAUCGGAGUUCUUGUUUACAAGUGCCAUUUUUAAUGGAUUUAUCGUCGUCGUAAUAAGAUUGCCAUUCGAUUCUGAGCUUAUUCCCACCCCUUAUUGAACGAGGUGUUGACUCAGUGUUGCCGAUGGAUCAGACUGCAAAGAUGGAAAGCCACCUGUCAUCAGCCGCGGCUUUUGUGGAAGGAGGCAUCCAGGAUGCUUGUGAUGAUGCUUGCAGCAUAUGUCUAGAAGCUUUUUGCGACAGUGACCCUUCCACGGUUACUAAUUGCAAGCACGAGUUCCAUCUACAGUGCAUUCUCGAAUGGUGCCAGAGAAGCUCUCAGUGUCCAAUGUGUUGGCAGACUAUUGGUUUGAAAGAUCCAACCAGCCAAGAGCUAUUAGAGGGCGUAGAGCGUGAAAGGAGCAUAAGACUUAACCAUGCACGCACUGCUGCUAUUUUUCAUCAUCCGGCACUUGGUGAUUUUGAGUUGCAACAUUUGCCUGUUGGUGGAAGUGAUGCUGAACUUGAAGAGCGUAUUAUCCAGCACUUAGCCACUGCUGCUGCCAGGGGAAGAGCACAUCACAUUGCUAGAAGAGGAUGGGUUAGAUCAGAAUCUCAAGGCCGCCCACAAUAUUUGGUUUUCUCUACUAAUCAGAAUUCACCAUCAGUAGGCUUUGAACCUACUUCCCCUGCCUUAGGAGGGGAAAAUGAAUCACCUCGUGCAGUAGUUGCUGUUAAUCCAUCAAUUUCAACUACUACUCCGGGAAGGGAAUCCACCGAAGUUACCAGUGACUUCCAAGCUCAAGUUAACCAGACUCCAUUGUCGGCUUCAAGAGACAGCGAUAAUACAAACAGACCUAGUAUUUCAACCCUCAGGAAUCUAACUGGCCAGUAUUCGUUUAAUCAAGACAGACCAGGACCCUCUGAGUUGCAAUCUCUAUCAGAAACUCUGAAAUCUCGCUGGAAUGCUGUCUCAAUGAGAUACAAAGAAUCUAUAGCUAGGAAUACCCGAGGAUGGAGGGAGCGACUAUUUUCACGUAAUAGUUCUGUUGCAGAUAUUGGUUCUGAAGUCAGAAGAGAAGUCAGUGCUGGAAUUGCUAACUCGUCACGAAUGGUGGAACACUUGGACACAAGAGAAAGUAGAACCACGAAUUCGACUGCGUCACCCAGUGCUGAAGUAAAUGCAGUUGCGGAACCAAGAAAUGAGGGUGUUAGUGGCAGUCAAGCUAACACCUGUGUGAAUAGUAGCGCUUCAUCCACAUCUUGUGCUGCAACUUCUGGUUCCAACUAAGUUUUGUGCAUUAUCGUUCUCUUUGAGUUGGCCCCAUUAUUUAGUAUGUACAUUUCUGCUGUUUGUGCAUUAAGUACUAUUUAUCGCAUAAAUAGUUAAACAAAGAUGAUAAGGCUUAUAUGCAGUCAAAUUUUCAUUA